GCAAGAAUCUUUCUAGAAGGACGCUUCAUGCAUAUCGGCGGAUAAGAAGCGCCUCAUUGAAAGCAAAGUUCGUUUUCAUCACGUCAACUAAAAACUGCAGAAGGUUGUUUACCGAGGUUUCUUUAAGGCAGCGAUGGACAUCAAUGAACUGAUCGCCGGUCUUGAGAGUGAUCUUAAAGAGAUCGCGAGUCUGCUGGAGAAGUGUGAGCGCCAGCGCGUGCGGGACGUGUUAACGCGAGAGCAGAAGGAGAUCGAGAAAGAGCUGGCACAGAAGCGACAGCAGAAACUGCAGCAAGCCAAGAAAGACUCUGCGGACAAAACUGACACACUCAAAGGAUACGCAGUCAAAAUUAAUAAUUACGGAUGGGACCAGUCUGACAAAUUCGUCAAAAUCUACAUCACACUAAAAGGUGUACAUACUAUUCCAGCUGAAAAUGUUGAGACCAGCUUUACAGAGAGAAGCUUCAAUCUUCUAGUCAAAGAUCUGGAUGGGAAGAACCAUCAAAUGGCAAUCAACAACCUUUUAUAUCCUAUUAUUGUAGCAGAGAGUAGUAGAAAGAUAAAAACAGACAUGGUCCUCGUUAUGUGCAAGAAGCAGUCAACAAAAAAGUGGGACUGUUUGACACAAGUAGAAAAACAGUCUAAGGAGAAAGACCAACCCAACAUGAAUGAGAACACUGAUCCAUGUAAGGGCCUGAUGAAUGUGCUGAAGAAGAUCUACACCGAUGGAGAUGAUGAGAUGAAACGCACUAUCAACAAGGCUUGGGUUGAGUCUCAGGAGAACAAGGCCAAAGCAGAUGACUUUGACUUGUAAACCAGCUAACUGGCGUGCUUUCAAAGUGAAACACCCAAAUUCAGCUGUUGCAUACACGCCAUUCCGUCAGAUUAUUUUAUUUAUUUUUGUACUUUUUUCACGUUUAAAUGCAGCUGUUAGUGAACUUUUGUUUUUUGUAAAGUGUUUCCGAUCCCACUCUUAGUUUCACAACGUUCAUAAUUGUCAGUUGUUCCAUAUGGUUCCAUAAGUUUUCAGUCAGUGAUUGCACUUAAGACCAUGUACCUUAAAUGAGGUAAAUGAAAAUAAACAAAUACAAAAAAGAGUUA